UGCAGGGGCCGAGGCUGCGGGCGCUACACACGGGGCUGCGGGCGCCACGCCAGCCUAGCCACACGGGAGGAAGGAGGAGCUAUCGGUGACGGUCCCGGGGCGGCGAAGGCCCGACGAGGCGGAGAUCCGACGGUGGCGGCUAGGGUUCCGAUGGGGAGCCUGGCACACGGGAGGAAGAGGACGUGAGGAGGAGAGGACGGUGGAAGGGAGGGCAGCGGAGUAAAUUCCCUAGGUGGGUUCUACAUGUAAGAGGUUAAUUUGUAACGGAAGAUGAAUGAAAUAACAUGUAGGUAAAUAAAAGUUCGUGUGAUGGCAUAGAGGUAUCUACGAACUUUUUAAUGGCACAUAGCUAACUUUUUUUUUAAUGGCUUAGGCGGAAAAGACUCUCGUUUUUUCUUUCUCCCUCGCACGCAUAACCGCGCCUCCCUCCCUCCCAAAAGGAGGAAAGGGGAAAUGGCCACCAAAACCCCAAACCCCCCGCCGCCGCCGGCGAGCCCUCGCCGGAGCGCGCCGCCGCCGGUCACGAUGCUCAGCCCUUCCUUCUCGCGGAACCCUCUGCGCUCCUCCGCCGGCCCCGUCCCGUUCCACUGCGACGAGGAGCGCCCCUGCGUCGAGCUGUUCAACUGGUGGCUGGAGAGGGUGGAAGGGGAUGACCGGAAAGUUCGCGUCGCCGGCCACGCGGAAAGGGGCCGCAAACUUCAUCUAUUCACUUCUGCACCUAUUGUUAAACGUCAUGAAGCUUGUUUUCUUGAAGCUGAAGACAGUGUCAUAGUGUUAAUUAAUGGCCCGCUAGACCUUUCACAAAUGCAAAAACAUGGAUAUUCGCUUGAGGUCUGCGAAAAAUUCAUGGUUGGAUUUCCAUACUUCUGGGAGAGAUACAACUUAGGAUCUCAAGCAAGCUCUUGUAAAACUAGCAAGUUACAAGAUAGUUCAACUAAGUUUUAUUUGGAGAAAUUUCAGCUAGGAAACUUUAUUGAUAAAGUUGGAUAUUCUUUCAUAGCGAGCCUUCUUAACAACGGUACACAUUUCUCAGGCGAUGCUGGUUCCUUUGAAAAUGUUUUCUAUUUAUCAAAUAAAAAACCAAGAUUUGAGGAAUACGCCUGUGACAUUGACAUUUCAGCAAAGGAAAAUACUACUGCUUUCAAUGAAGGCAAUGAAGGAUCUUCAGCUGUAUGUAACAAGGUGGGCAAUGGGAAGAUAGACUUGAUCGUAGAGAGCACUUCGAAAGAUAGAGAUCAUGGCGUGACUUCUACAGAAGAAUUUACGAGGGACGAGACUUCUGAACAAGCUGGAAAUCAGAAUGAAUUUAUCCAUCCAGAUGUAGAAGAUAAGGAGGCUGCCAGUCAUCUUGUCAACUCCGAUUCGAUUUAUGAUAAGUCCACUGAUAAUAUGACCUUUGGGAUGGGAGAUGGAAGUGCCAAUGCUGGAAGUUCAGUGGGUCAGGGAUCUAAAGAGGUUUUAGCCACUGUGCUACCUGAAAGGGCUAAUUUCUCCUCAGACGAUUGUUUGGACAAUAUUCUGCCCAUAAGUACAUGCAAUAGCAAUAAUUGUGUGGAAAAUCAAACUUGCCUGGAAAUAGCUCAGCACAUAACAUUGAAUGAGGAGGUUGUACAAAAUGAAGAUAUGUCAACUUCAGUCCAUUCAGAUGGGGAAUCCCUGAGAAAUCCUGCAGGCCCAGCAAAGGAGCAGAUAUCAAAGUCCAAUGUGUUACAGGGUGCUCAAAGAUGGCCUAAGAAGCAUGUUGGCUCAGCACAGGAGCAAAGACCUGAGCGUUACAUGUCACCCGGUGCUACUAGAUCGCCAAUGAUCAGAACUGCAAUACCAUAUGCACAUUGUUCUCCUCUUACCCGUGCCAAGGCCAAGUCAUCAUCAGUUUCAACACCUGAAUCUCUCGAACUGAGAAGAACUAGAUCAGGUCGUGUGGUAGUUCCGCCAUUGGAUCCUGGACGCCAAAGGAUUAUAUAUGACAAAGAUGGUUUGGUUUCAGGCGUGGCUGGUUUAGAGUUGCAAUCACCUCUCAAAGGGAGCAAGUCAAGGACUCCUGCGAAGAAGAGAAGGGCUCACUGAGCAUCUUCCAUAGCCCACGGGUCGCUUAUAUCCUCUUCGAAAAUGUGGGCUCUUUGUCUGCAACAUUUUGCCGAUCUAUCUGGAACUCCUAAGGUCUAGGAUGGAUGGUACAUUCUAUAUGUAUACACCCAGCAGUUUAUUUGCAGCUAAUUGUCGUUCGAUAGCUGAUUCUGAUCGUAGGCCUUGGUAUGGAAGAUGUAUUGAGGGUUAAAAACGAUUGAUGCUGCUAGUGCGACUGUUAGUUGCAGCACCUCUUUACCUCCAUUGUCGCCACCACUACUAACAAGUUUGUUUUUGCAUCACCAGUUGCAGGUGUCUGCUCCUGGUACACCAGUAAUAUAUAUAUAUAUCAAUAUAUGUGCUGUCAAAUAUGAAAUUUAUUCAUGCCUGUCUAGAGGAAUUUGUGUUAAAUCUUUUUUGUACUACUGUAAUGCCUUCAUGAAAUUGAGUGAAUCUCUUGUCCAUGGCAUGAAUUCUGUACGGUGUUGGCUGCGGCUGAAUGGAGUAUGGAGAAGAGAUGCACAUCAGCAGCAGCUUAUGCAUAUGUUUCGUGCAUUGUUUAU